CAAGUCUCGCGGGAACAUCGGCGACGCUUGGAAAAAAGAGAUGUCGACGGUCCCUUCCGCCCGCCGGACGGGUCCCCGUUUCCUGGACGCGGGUUUUAAGGGUCCCCCUCGCGCCCGGGACCUCCGCCGGAUGCAUCACUGUAAACGUUACCACUCACCUGAGCCCGAGCCCUAUAUGAGCCAUAGAUGGAAGAGGCGGCGGUCUCGUAGCAGAGAGCACCAUGAGGGAAGACCACGGUAUCCCACUCUCCGGGAUUUUCCUAGGAGGUCGCGUUCUAGAAGCCAGGACAGAUUGCCUUACCAGAGAGGGUACCGAGACAGGACGGACAGUGAACUCCACAAGUUUGAAGAGCAAAGCCCGUCUUUUGUGGAGGACUAUUACUCUACCCGUCGUUCACGUCACCACAGGAGAUCUCGGGAGCGUCAUCGGACCAGGAAGCACCAACACCGUUGCCGGAAACGCAGGACCAGGUCUUGUAGCAGCACCUCCUCGAGAAGCCAACAGAGCAAUAAGCGCAGCAGGAGCGUGGAAGAUGACAAGGAAGGUCACCUGGUGUGCAGGAUCGGCGAUUGGCUCCAAGAGCGAUACGAAAUUGUGGGCAGCCUUGGCGAAGGGACUUUUGGCAAAGUGGUGGAGUGCGUGGACCACGCCAGAGGCAAAUCUCUGGUAGCUUUGAAAAUUAUUCGAAAUGUGGGCAAAUACCGUGAAGCAGCCCGACUAGAAAUUAAUGUCCUAAAGAAAAUCAAAGAAAAAGAAAAGGACAGUAAACAGCCUAGCCUGUGUGUCUUGAUGUCGGACUGGUUCAACUUCCAUGGCCACAUGUGCAUCGCCUUUGAGCUGCUGGGCAAAAAUACUUUUGAGUUUCUGAAAGAGAAUAACUUCCAGCCCUACCCUCUUCCGCAGAUAAGGCACAUGGCCUACCAGCUCUGCCAUGCCUUGAAAUUUCUGCACGACAACCAGCUGACUCACACGGAUCUCAAACCUGAAAACAUCUUGUUUGUAAACUCGGAGUUUGAUACCUUGUACAAUGAGAAAAAGAACUGUGAAGAGAAAUCUAUCAGGAACACCUGCAUCCGGGUGGCAGAUUUUGGAAGCGCCACUUUUGACCAUGAGCAUCAUACCACUAUUGUGGCGACUCGGCACUACCGGCCGCCAGAAGUGAUCUUGGAGCUGGGCUGGGCACAGCCUUGCGAUGUCUGGAGCAUCGGUUGCAUCCUCUUUGAAUAUUACCGGGGAUUCACACUUUUCCAGACUCAUGAGAACCGAGAACAUCUAGUAAUGAUGGAGAAAAUCCUCGGCCCGAUGCCGCAGCACAUGAUCCGCAAAACUCGGAAACAGAAAUAUUUUCACAAAGGGAAUUUAGUAUGGGACGAGAACACGUCUGAUGGAAGAUACGUGCAAGAGAACUGCAAACCACUACAGGAGCCAUUUAUGGCUCCCUGUCCCUUCUUCUCUCCUCAGACGUACAUGCUCCACAAUUCCGCCGAGCACCUGCAGUUGUUUAACCUGAUGAUGCAAAUGUUAGAGUUCGAUCCUGCGCAGCGGAUCACGUUCGGCGAAGCUCUGGUCCACCCCUUCUUCGCCGGCUUAUCUGCAGAGGAACGGCGGCUGACUAACCGAGACUCGAGCCGCGAUUUAAGCAGAUGACAGACCGGUCAAGGGGAGCUCCCAGCAGGAUAUGUAAAUACUCUGAGAUUAGUCUGACCUCUGCCAAGGAACAACGUCAAGGGUCCCGCCCCUUCCCCGGAGCACCAUGGACUGCGUUGUUAGUGCCAUCUCAGAUCGGACAUGGGAGGGGAAUGGGACCGCAGUCCAGAAGCACAGAUUUCUCUCGUAAUUUAUAUGUUGUAAAGUUCAAAUAAAGUGUUUCAUAUUGUUUGAUAA